UAUGUAGAGCACUUCCUGUUAUGGUUUAUGAAAAGUGAUCCCGAAAAGCUGCAGAAAGUCAGUCCCUUUUAGCUGUAUUGCGGUGUGUUUUGACGACAAGUACAACAUUUUAGAAUUUGGUAUGCUUAUUUCGGAUAGGUGCGUGUGAAUGUUAAAGGGAAAAAGUAUGUAGCACCAGCUCCACUAACCUCCACUGGGUCUCCUUGUGUGUGUGUGACUGGAUAUAGAACUUCCAGUUUGACCAAAAUGGCACAAAAAGACCACAAGGAGCAGAAGAUCAGCAGUCACCUCAGUUCAGAAUCUAUCCGAGUCAUUUCUGAGUCAGUCGGUUUUGGGGGUAUUCCUGAUGAGGCUGCAGUGCACCUGGCAGAGGACACAACAUACAGGAUAAAGCUGUUAUUACAGGAGGCUGUCAAGUUUAUGCAUCAUGGAAAGAGGAAGAAACUUUCAACUACAGAUUUUGACCAGGCUUUGAAAGUUAAGAAUAUAGAGCCUGUGUAUGGUUUUCAACAAUCCGCAGAAUGCAUCCCCUUCCGGUUUGCCAGUGGAGGAGGGAGGGAGCUUCACUUCACUGAAGAGAAGGAAAUGGACCUACAAGAUGUCAUUAAUUCUUCCCUCCCUAAAGUACCAUUGGACCUGUCACUCAAAGCUCACUGGCUAAGUAUAGAUGGAGUUCAGCCAUCCAUUCCUGAGAACCCCCCUCCCGCCACCAAAGACCAACAGAGGAGUGAGAUAUUGGACACCGGAGUUAAGAGUGCUAUUGAUAAGAUUCAGAAACCGAAGGUCAUUCCUGAGGCUGUCAAAGCCAAACAUCGUCACAAGGCAACUGACCUCGCCAAGGUCAAGGACUUGUCCAACCACGAACUCUCUGUGGAACAGCAGUUGUACUACAAGGAGAUUACGGAGGCAUGUGUCGGACCAGAUGAGAGUCGACGCUCGGAGGCACUACAGAGUCUGGCUACCGAUCCAGGCCUUCAUCAAAUGCUUCCGCGGUUUAGCAGCUUUAUUUCAGAAGGGGUAAAGAUAAACGUUGUACAGAAUAAUCUGGCUCUGCUGAUAUACCUGAUGAGGAUGGUGAAGUCUUUGAUGGACAACCAAACACUGUAUCUAGAAAAAUAUUUACACGAGUUUAUCCCUGCGGUGACCACCUGUAUAGUUAGUAAACAGCUGUGUAUGCGACCAGAUGUUGAUAAUCACUGGGCUCUCCGCGACUUUGCUGCUCGUCUAAUGGCACAAAUAUCCAAAAACUUCAGCACCAAUACCAACAACAUACAAGCAAGGAUAACAAAGACUUUCAGCAUGGCCCUGCAGAGUGAUAAGAUCGCCAUGGCUACACAGUAUGGGGCUGUUGCCGGGCUUGGAGAACUUGGGUCAGAGGUGAUUAAGUCGUUCCUGUUGCCGCAUGUGAGUUUACUGGGGGAGCACUUGAAGCAGACCGUUGAUGCUAUGGUUUUGAAUAAUGUGGACAAAAUUGCAGCAGAUAACAUUAAGAAGAUGCUAACAAAAUACAUACCUCCUGUCCUGAAAGUUCACCGAAGUCCUAAUCAUAGCCUAGACAGCUACAUAGCUGAGUUUGGUUACGUCGGUCAACUGUUGUUUAACGCUGUGGAACGAGAGAGGCGGUCAUCAGGUAGCGGUCAAUCUGCUGGACCUGUACCAGGCAGACCAUCAGUUCAUAUCCCGCAGCCGAGGAUGGUAAUCCACCCUGGAUCACAACCUAGCACCCCUUCCACUCCUCGUCAACUGUCUCUCUCAAACAGCAUCAGCAUACCAAAGACUCCAACCACACCCUCCAUUGGUGCACAACAGAAAUUUGUUAUUAUGUCCUCACAGCCUCGCCAGCCGCCCCCCUCCAGCAAUCCACUCGGUAUGACUAGUGGCACUGCCGGAACAACCAUCGUCAAGGUCAUGUCGUCUGGGGGUCAAGGUUCAACCACCAGUUCUGGAUCAACUCCCUCAACACCUCAACCUAAAAUUGUUGUGGUGUCCAUGCCCCAGGGGAGCGGGUCGUCGAUACCAACACCAGGGGUACAAACUACCAGUAUUCUGGGACCAGAUUUGGGUGUGAAAAGUGUGUUCAGUGGACAGUCUGCGACUAACUUUUCUCUAAAAAAAGAACAUGACAAUAAUUGGUCCUGACCAAAGCAUUUUCAUCAUUAAUUACUCAUUCACCCCUGAAAACACAUUUGAACCAUUCCAAUUCAAAGGUUGGAAUAGUUUAUUAUGAAAUUUCAGGGGUGAAUGAGUUAAAAACUAUAUGUUUACAUAUUCUAUGUUGUGUUGUCCACUAUUUUGUAUAUUUUAUUUGAAUUAGUAACAUUUGUUUUAUAAUAAUCAAGUGGAAAAUGCUAUAAGUGGAAAGACUGAAACUUUGGUUUAUUUGGGGGAAAAAAACCUAUCCAUUCUCUUUUGGUGAGAACAAAGUAACCUUGAAUACUAUGCUCUGCUUGUUUGAGAAAUGAAGUCUGCUUGAUAUUUUAUGAGAAGAGCGUAUAUGUUAAGCAAGUCAAAGAUAAAGAUUUAUUUUCUGUAUUGUAAAUAGAAUGUAUACAGAUAUUCUGGUGCAAAUUUACCACUGAGGGUUUUUAUAGUUUUUCAAAUUUGCAAAACAAAUUAAGUUUGGUCUUUAUUCUCGAUUAGAGUUCUGUACAUUGUCUGAAAUAUUAAUAUUUUUACUUUUUCAUAUUCCUUGCCUUAUUUUUAUUUGACAUGAUUAUGUGCUAUACAUUAGGAUCAUUUACAAUUAUUUACUGAAAUCAUGAUCUGACAUCUUUUAAAACGUCUCAAAAAGAAAACAGGUAUUUUUCAUUUUAAACCGUUUUUUCUAAUUUUGUAAAUUUUGUAUAUACAUGUCAUUUGGACACCAAAUCAUCAUAUCAUAUUCAGUAUCAAUUAAUCUGAAAGAGAUUUAUAUAAAUCUCACAAGACAAACAACAUUUCUCCUUACUAUAAGACGGUCACAACAUGUACAGUACAGUAGUGUCACUGUGUUACAUGAUGUCAGUUUGAUUUUACAUGGACAUUUUCACACUUUAAUGUUGCAUUAACCAAAUGUUUGGCAAUUUGUCAAUGCAACUUGGUACAUAAAUACUAAAAGCUAUUUUCAACUUGUGCGAAAAAUGGUGCAACACCCAUGUCAGAAGUAGCUUGAUAAUUAUCUUGAUUAAGAGUGAAGGGGAGAUAAUCCAACCACGUGGAGCCAUUAACAUGUUAUUCAUGGUUUGAUUCCAGGAUGAUCAUGGUUACACACGCCAACAAUACAAAUGAAGAUAUUUUAUAUCCAAGAAGAAUAAAGUUACAAAAAUUUGA